AGCAGGAAGGAGAGCUCUGAUACAAGCAUCAAGCAGAACAGAGAGGGGAGACAGCAGGAAGGAGGGCUCUGAUACAAGCAUCAAGCAGAACAGAGAGGAGAGGAGAGACAGCAGGAAGGAGGGCUCUGAUACAAGCAUCAAGCAGAACAGAGAGGAGAGACAGCAGGAAGGAGAGCUCUGAUACAAGCAUCAAGCAGAACAGAGAGGAGAGGAGAGACAGCAGGAAGGAAGGCUCUGAUACAAGCAUCAAGCAGAACAGAGAGGAGAGGUUGGAUCACUGCUGUGCUCUGUGUCUUCCCCUCUUGAUCUGAAACGCUCUUAGUAUUCAGAUGUUAUUCUAGUGGAGAUUUAAGAGAUGAAUUAUCAACCAUCAUACCAAUGUCCCAAUUCAUAUAGGCUUCUGUGUUCACUCCCUCUUUCACAUUGUGGGAAUAGGCCAUUAUGAAUCCAAUUUUAUUUUGAUGACGACGAUGAUGGGGUAAUGAUGAUGAUGAUGAUGAUGAUGAUGAACACACAGACAGAAACACACACCCAUCCCCCACCCUAACCUGGUAGUUGGAGGAAUAUUUCGAGGGGGUGGUCUUGAGAUGCAAUGUUUUGAGCGGGGAGAGAGAAACGCUGUUGCCGCAACCAUUCUUCCUCCCUCCGGUUCCCACCGCUCUUUCCCUCGCUCCCUUCAAAGUCCACCUAUCGUAGGCGUGGAGAACCUCUCGUGCGUCGCACACCGAGACCGUGCCUGUUGGAGACGCGCUGCAUCCGCUCCACGGGAAGAUGGAGAAACGGCAAGCACAGUUAUCCCAAUGUAGAGAACAAGAAACCAAGGAAAGCUGUCAUUUAUGAUGCAAAUAGUGCUUUACCGUUGAUAGGAACUUAUUUUAGCGAAAGGUGUGCUCUGAUCUGCUGAGGGAACAUGGAUGUGUCUGGGGGCCAGCAGCAGUAUGGAGGAUCUAAGAAGAGGGUGAAGAUCCACCCCAAUUCCGUCACAGUGAAAUACGCCACCCACUUCCCCCAGCCUGGAGACGAGGGUUACGACGAUGCUCCGUCCUUUGAGGACUUUGGGUCGUUUGCAGAGGCCAGCCCUGCCAAGAGACUGGUGACAGACAGUAGUAGGAGGACUUUCUUUGGUACCAUAGAGACCCCCUGUCCGCUAGGGGGGAAGGGGCCAUUGGGGGGAGGGGUGGAGCCCCAGAGCCGGGACAAGGGGGUCGGGGGACAGCUGGCUAGCUUCGGGGAGGCCAACGUCCUGGCGUCCCGGGUCACCUGGAUGGCGUUGUUCGGGGCAGCGGUGGCUCACGGCUGCGUUGCUCUGAUCACACGGCUGGCGGCGGACCGCUCCAAAGUGCCGUCCUUGGAGCUGAUCUUCAUCCGGUCUGUGAUCCAGGUCUUGUCCAUCACAGUGGUGUUUUAUAACCAGGAGGAACCCUUCGGCCCGAAGGGGUACCGCCUCCGGCUCUUCUUCUAUGGUGUCUGCAACGUCAUCUCCAUCACCUGCGCCUACACCGCCUUCGCCAUCGUGCCGCCCAGCAACGGUACCAUCAUGUGGCGCGCUACCACCACGGUGUUCAGCGGCGUAAUGGCCUUCCUGUUGUUAGACGAGAGGCUGGGCUACACGGACGUGGUGACGGUGGUGGGCAGCGUUUUCGGCCUGUGUCUCGUCAUGAUCCCCAAUGUGGCCGACGAGGAGAAGUCCCGCCUCACCUUCUGGAAGGAGGCGUUCGGCUACACCAUGACGGUGAUGGCCGGCCUCACCGGAGCCCUGUCCAUGAUCGUCUACCGGGCCAUCAAGGAGCGCGUCAGCAUGUGGACAGCCCUGUUCACGUUCGGCUGGACGGGCACGGUGUGGGGAGCCUCCACCAUGUUCGUUAUGCAGGAGCCGAUCAUCCCCCUGGAUGGGGAGACGUGGGGCUACCUCACGGGGAUCUGUAUCUGUUCCACCGUGGCGUUCCUGGGGGUCUACUACGCCCUCAACAAGUUCCACCCCGCCCUGGUGAGCACCGUGCAGCACCUGGAGAUAGUGGUGGCCAUGUUGCUUCAGCUCAUGGUGCUGCGCAUGGUCCCCUCCAUCUACGACGUCAUCGGGGGGCUGGUCAUCAUGGCCAGUGUGUUUACUCUAACGGGAGUGAAGCUGUAUAGGGUCAGCCGGGCUGUACGGCAGGACUACCAGGAGAUACUGAACUCACCCAUUAAAUAGAGCCUGGACUCCAUCUCUCUCUCUCUCUCUCUCUCUCUCUCUCUCUGUCUGUCUCUUGCUGUCUUUCUCUCUCUCUCU